AUAUUAACAAUAUAAACUUUCUACCUCCUGGUUCUCGAGAGGUACAUAUGGCAACAUUUGCACUCUGCAAUCACACUAUAACAACUGUUGGUACUUUCUCUUGGUGGAUUGGUUACUUGGCUGGUGGAGAGGUUCUGUAUUACAAUGACUGGCCCAAAAAAGGUACCACACUUGAUAGGGAAGAGAAUACUAAUAAAGAAAUAUAAAG